AUGGCGACACGGGUGGCUGCGAGAUAUGCGUCCAGAAGGCUAUUUAGCAGUGGGACUGGGAAAGUUCUUGGUGAGGAGGAAAAAGCUGUAGAAAAUGCUUACUUCAAGAAAGCUGAGCAAGAGAAGUUGGAGAAACUUGCCCGCAAGGGUCCUCAACCAGAAGCAAAGCCAGCCGCAGGCUCAAGUGGUACAGUAACCGAUGCCAAACCAAGUAGCUCCGGACAUGCCGAAACAUCAAGUGCCAAAGUUUCAACUGACAAAUACCGGAAUUAUGGUGUUGUAGCUGGCACUAUAACAAUUCUUGCAGCUGUAGGAUGGUACCUUAAGGGCACUGCAAAGAAGCCAGAAGUGCAGGAUUGA